CCUCAUUCAGUGUACAUCAGUGGUGGAAGGUGGAGUGUGUCGCAGGAAAACACCUUAGUGUUUAUUUCGUUACAUUUGGGUUUAUUAACUGAAAUCACUUCAGGAUGGGGUGAGUCUUGUUGUGGUGACGUCAUGGUGAGUUGCCGAGGUGUGGGGUCCUCCUCAGUCUCUCUCCUCCUCAGGAGGUCACAUCGCGAUAGCUACGGCGGGGAGAUGAGCACCUCGUCGUCCAUGAUCUUCUACUGCUUGGUGUUCUUGGCGGAGAUCCUCAUGUUCGGGCUGCUCAGUUUGGUCCUCUUCUGGGUGGUGUACUACCGCGAUGGAUUCGGCUGGCAGGAUGAACCCAAGAAGGAGUUCAACUUCCACCCUGUCCUCAUGAUCUGCGGCUUCAUCUUCUUCAUGGGACACGCAAUGUUGGUUUACCGUUUGUUCCGGUGCUGCAACAAACUCACGGCCAAGAUCCUCCACACCUUCCUCUACCUGAUGGCUGUUCCCUGCAUUGUUGUGGGAACUAUUACUGUUUUUGACUCCCACAACCUUAAUGAUCCACCUAUUCCUAAUUUGUAUUCCCUCCACUCCUGGCUGGGUGUGGUUACCAUCGGACUCUUCGCUCUCCAGGUAACACACACGCUGGUGGUUGGAUUCUUCAGCUUCUGGCUUCUACUCUGCUGUGAGCAGGGAACAGCCAGGUUCCGUGCUGGUCUGGUCCCCAUCCAUGCUACCUUUGGGAUCAUUACAUUUAUGCUUGCUAUUGCCACUGCCGUUACAGGAUAUACUGAGAAGGCCUUCUUUGCUCUAAGUACUGGCUAUUCUCAGAGGGUGGAGGAGGCCUGGGUGAUCAACGCUCAGGCAGCAAGUCUAGCUGGGUUGGCCAUACUGAUGGGAUUUCUACUGUACUCUUCUAGAUAUGCCCGCAGUACCCAUCCUGUGGCUAUUAUUGAUCCACCCUCCAACUCUCACUAUGUUAUGACUCAGAAGACUUAUUACUAUAGAGAACAUGAAUAAACUAUGACUCAGUACUGUACUGUGCACUUCUUUAUACUUGAAUGGAAAAAAGGAUCUGUUACAGUGACAAGAGAUUGGGAUGUGAUCAUUAUUUACACUUACAUUCUCUGUGAUAGCCAGGAGUUAUAUGAUUUUCAUUUAACAGUACGGUUCAUUUAUUAAUGAUCCUUAUUCAUUGAAAGUAUACAGAAAUUGUUUACUGGAACUUUGCAACUAUGACUUGAGUUAGAACAGCACUUGGUAUGUACAGCUUCUUGUAAUGUAUAGCACUUGUUAUGUUGUUUGUAGAUCUGUGCCAUUUGAAGUUAUUUUUAUAUAAACUGUAGAGUAAAUAAAUCUUACUCAUUUGGUUGAAAACAUCUUUUUUCUUUAAAAAGUAAUUCUGAUUCUGUGGAUAUGUCUGCCAGUCUACAAGUCUGUGCCUUGGUAACUGUGUAUGAUAUUCAUUAAGUAAUUAUGCAGUGCUUUGUAUAACUUAUUCAGCUACAUAAUAAAACAAACAUCUUAUUUAAUCCAUUGUGUUAAGCUGUGUAUAAUGAUGAGUUGUUAAAAAUUAUUCUUAUUAAAGUUUUUAUUUCUUAAAAUGUGUAUUUCCAUAAGAAAUGCUAUUUACCAUAUUCAAGUAAUAUUGUAUUGCAUCUAACUAACAGUUAGUAAAAUGUUGCAUUAAUAGAGCAAAGUUAAAAAUUUUAUUACAAAUAAGUUUCCAUGACAGAUUCAAAUAUGCAAUAAUAUUCAGCACCAUAUAUUUAAGCAUGUUUACAUGUAUACCCACUCAACCGUAUAUUGUUUAACAAUUCUUAUGUUGAGUUGCAUUUUUUUUUCUUUUUGUUAGAAACAACCCAAACAGAUUAGUGAGGAAAAAUGUAUGAUAUGAAUGUUUGCUUGUUGGGAAUACUGUAUUUGUUAAGUUGAAUGAAUUUUGGGGAUCACCCGAUGAUUAAACACCCUGGCUUAUUUCACCCGAUGAUUGAUUAACCAUCCUAAUGCUACCUGGGGGGUUAGGUUAGAUUAGGGGUAGCUUUAUGUUGGGACAGGUUAGGGUAGGGUGCCAUAGGUUUGGUUAAGUCAGGUUUAGUUAAUUUAGGUGAUGUCAGGUUAGAUUGAGUUAGAUUAGGUUAGAUUAGUGUUAGGGUAGUUAAUAUAAUGAUGAAAUAAGCUGGGGUGUGAAAUCAUCAGGUGAUUCAAUUUAUGUUGUUAUAUACACAUGUAGAUAAUCAGUAUGUGUAUCAGUGUAAAUGGUUGUGUAUGAUGUGUAGUUGGAGAAAAUUGCACGGAUCACUCUGCUGAACAGCAGAAAUUUUUGUAUAGAAUGUUGCUAAAUAAAUAAUUUAAAACAUUUAAAAGCAUUAAUCUUUUCAAGUACAACAUUUCUGUUACAGCAGACACAGAGUGACUUUGUGAAAAUGGUAUAUGCAGUAUGUCAUCAGAAUUUUUUUUUUUAAAGAAAGUUUGAGAGAUAAUUGUUAAA